AUGGCGGAUUCAGUAGAUCGCGUGUUUGUACACGCUCUCAACACAGUUAAAAAGAUACCCAAAACUGGCGCAUCGAGGCCACCGCCGACCGAUCGACUCCGGCUUUAUGGACUCUAUAAGCAGGCAAUGGAGGGUGAUGUUGAUGGUGUAAUGGAACGUCCGACUGCCGCCUCGGGGUUGGCGUCCGACGAACUUCAGCGCGAGAAAGAUAAAUGGGAUGCAUGGAACCUACAAAAAGGAUUGAGCCGAACAGAGUCAAAGAGGAGAUAUAUCGAGGCGCUGAUAGAUACGAUGCAUCGAUAUGCGACGACACCGGACGCUGAGGAACUUGUGUCAGAACUCGAAUUUGUAUGGAAUCAGAUUAAGGAUAACAGUCCAAGCUCUUCAUUAUCGUCGCCGAGGCCCAACCAAUCGACUGGUGCCGGCGCACAACAACCUCAACAAGAACCCGAGCAAGCAAGCGAUGGCGAAGGUCCCCUAAAAGAGUUAAGGCCGAUGAGCGAGUAUGACGAAGCGGAACUGCGAUCUCAGCGACAGGUAGACCUGGAAGACGACGAAGUUGAUGUACCAACUAGCGAUCGAAGCAGUGGUCGCUGGCAGCGAAAGGUUGAACGAGCUUUAACCACCAUGUCCGCCGAGGUAGCUGCGUUACGAGAACAAAUUAUGACGGGUCGAGAGUGGCGAACGAAGAAGGAGCGCAGUGUCCCAGCAUGGGUGAAGUGGUUUGCCUGGUUGUUGGUCAAACACAUAUUUGCUGACCUCGUUAUUCUGUCGGUUGUUCUAUUAUGGCUGAGGAAGCGCAAAGAUCAACGACUCGAAGAUAUUGUGAGAGCGGGCGUCAGGCUCAUGAGGGAAUAUGUUCGAAACGUUCUGCCAUCACGAGGAUGAUAGCUCGGGGUAGUCUGUCGUCCAGCGUUCCCUACUAAGGACAUACUGAACAAAUUCCUCGUUUGGUUAUUUGGAUGCAACGUUGGUGACAAUCUCUCAAUAUGAGAGUAUUUCUAUCUCACAGCGGGAUCUCUUGAUUUAUGGGAGCUUUUUGGCUAGUCCAGCAUGCCUUCGGCCAUGAAUUGUAUAUGUGCACACGGGGAGGCCUGCUGGUAUCGAUCUCAGUUACCAGACAAGCACCCCAAUCUUUGGAUAUAAGUUAAUCAUAUUAGUAUAAGGCGCUUGACGGAGUAUGGGGUUAGCAUUGUAUUUAUAGCAAGAAAUGGGUGGUUCUUGUGUGUCAAAGACAUGUACUCGGUAGAUAUCAUGCUUGGAGUAUUAUCACGAAACUACUACCUUA